GCGCUGCUGCUGGGAACAAGGAGCAACUUCCGAAAGAAGCCACAUCCCUCGGACAUCCAAAGCCAAGUAUGGAUGAUUGUUAGCAAAAAUGAUGGCUGUAUCGAUUCCACCGAGUGUUCAUUCCAUUAUUCAAGUAGUGAAUGAGUCAAAUUUAGGAAAAAUAGAAAGUUUUCUCAACGACACUGCGUACAGGGAAGCCAUUGAGAACUCUUCUAAUUACAACACAAGACUAUGCAGGGAACGGAGACUACGAAUGCCUUUUCUAGACUCACAGACAGGUGUGGCACAGAAUCAUUCUGCGCUGUUCAUGUCUGCGAGAGAACGAAUACCUGGGCUUUUACAUGGCCAAAUUUACACAUAUCCAAGCAAACGAUGGAGGAAAAAACGACGUCAAUAUCUCAUGCAUUACCUUCAUCCAAAACGAGUGAGAGGUGACAUUGAUGAUGGAAUUGAACAUGUAGAAAUCACCUCUGGCCUCAAUGAUGACAGUAAAGAAUCUUUAGCACUCAAAGAUGAGCAUAGCAAAGAUGGUUGGUAUUACGAUGAACAAGACAUGUUAGAUAUGGAGGCCUUUGAUGAACCUGAUCCAGAUAGUGACUUUGAUUAUGAAGAAAGCUAUAGCAGUAAACGAAAACGAAGAAAACCACGAGGUGGCGGACAUCAUCCAAGUAGGAGUCAUCCUCCAGCAGUCGAUAGUCCAGGACCGAAGAGGACAAAGGGAGGCGGCAGAGGUCGUAAGAAGGCUAACUACGAUGCCACAGAUGCUGAUAAACCAUUCGUUUGUGACCGUGGUUUGCGGGAAAACAGUAUUUGCACUUUUGCAGUAUGCAGCGCACGGUAUAAAACCAGACCUGGUCUGGUCUACCAUUACGGUCAUUCCCACUCUACUUCCUCCGGUGAUCUUGCUAAGGAACUAAGUCCCAGUCCUGCUGAUGUUGAAUCUCGGAGCACAGCAGACGCCGCUGUUUCGGACCAGUCAGGUGGUACACGUCGGGGUCGUCAGAACACUGCUUCCUCAAGUACCUCGACUCCCUCUCCCGCAGCACCUGCUACACCUGCUGCGGGGGCACCGCCUCAGCCUCAGCAGCAGCAGCAGCAACCGCUGCCUCCGCUUCCGAUGAACACAGCUCCAGCUUCACCUACUGUCUCAGCUUCUAAGGACGAUUUCCCACCAACUGCACCAUCGCCUGGAAUCAUUGACUCAAUGCAAGCCUCAAUGAAAAUCGAAGGAGGAGGACCACCAACGCCAGGAGGUCCAGAGAAAAAAAUUGGCAAAUCAGCACAGCCAUCGCCUUAUUGUGACUUCUGCCUCGGCGAUGCCAGGGAAAACAAGAAAACCGGUGGAUCCGAAGAACUUGUCUCCUGCAGUGAUUGUGGCCGUUCAGGUCAUCCAACUUGUUUGCAAUUUACUGCAAACAUGAUCGUUUCUGUUCGCAAGUACAGGUGGCAAUGUAUUGAAUGCAAAUGUUGCUCCAUAUGCGGUACCUCUGACAACGAUGACCAGCUGCUGUUCUGUGACGACUGUGAUCGUGGAUACCACAUGUAUUGUCUGUCUCCACCACUCUCUUCUCCUCCUGAGGGCUCCUGGUCGUGUAGUCUCUGUUUAGCAGAAUUCCAUCGACGCGACUGAAUUGAUUUUCUAUCAAUGAAAAAAAAAAAAAAAAAAAAAAAAGUUCAACGAUCCACCCAUCGCUGUGAAAUAAUCAGACGCUUUUGAAUUAGGAGAGUAUUUUGAACUUACGCUUUUCCGGCAUCUCGUGCUAUUUUAAAACCCAGUUGUGUUUGAAAGCAGCUAAAUAAACUAGAGUUUGAUAGUUUUACAAUUAGAGAUAAUAUUACCGAGAAUAUGAUAGAAUAUUACAAAAGAAGUUAUAUUUUUUAAUUUUUAUUUUAAAUUUUCUUUUCAUUUGUAAUUAAAUUUUAUUUUAAUUUUUAGUUAUUGAAAUUUUUUUUAAAAAUGAAGAUUUAUAAUUCUUGUUUUUAUAAGUAAUUAAAAAAGAAAAGGAAAAUUUAUUUUAUAUAGAGAUCUUUUUUUUUAAAUGAAAAGUGAUUUUGAUAUUUUGACACUUGAGUAAUAUUAUCAUACUUGAAGACUCUGGUGAAAAUGAAUCUGAUAAUUCUAAUUGACUAAUGCCCUUGAAAGAGUUCAGAUGUUCUCUGCCAUUUAAGAAAUACUCAAUUUUUAAGUUUUAUUCUGUAUUUAAUAGACAAUAUGCAAAAACAUUUUGUUGAUCAACGAUAAUUGAACAAUACAUUCUUUUUUUUUUUUUUUUGAACUUUCAAUAUGGUGCAUUAGAUAUCUCAGGCAUUUAUGAUCUCAAGUGAUUAAAUAUGUAUUUAUAUUUACAAUUUACAAACAAAAGUUUCGUCUCACUUUUAUAUAAGAAAAAAAAAAAAUAAAAAAAAAAUAUGACGAUACUUUUUUGAUUAAUUGCAGCGAAUUGUACAAAUACGUAGAUCAUUUGGAAGUAAUUUUUUUACAUUUUUAAAUAACGAUAUUCACACAUUGAUUAAUAUUGAUGACUUAAUUUUAAUUAUAUUAAUCAUAUAAAGUUUAAGAGUGAUGCUAUCGUAAGACAUCGAAAUGACUGAAAAAUAGUUUUACAAUUUUUUUUUUUUUUUU